CGCAGUGGUCGCCAGCGCGAUUCGGAUACGCUCAUACAAGUGGAUGCGUAAAAUGGCGAAGUAUAGUUGUUAUUUACUCGCGCCGAAUUCAGCGAAGUAAAAACGAAGAAGAACGAGUUGAGACGUACGGCACAUUAUUUUGACAAUUUGAUUUUACGUGUCAGCAAAACAGCAUAUGCAAAGAAUUGUCGUAUCGCACAAAACUAGCAGAUUCUUCUAUAGACAUGAUAUUGAUGGAUUGGUCUAACACACUACUAGCAGCAAUCUAAAUUUUGGUCUUUGUUAAUUGAGAAAAAAGAUCAUAUUUGCGAGCAGUAAAGUCUUAAAUAAUAUGGCACAAUAUUAUAAUCUUGUGACUAAUGCUGGUGGUGCUUUGACAUUUGAAGAAGUACCGAGAAUCUGCACUGUAGAUGGACAGCGGGUUCAGUUAGUUGUUGAAAAUGUUAAUAACAGCGGUAAUGGUUCACAACAGCUUGUGACUUAUACUGCUACACCACAAAACAGGCAGGCAAUAUUCUCCCCACAAACUAUUAAUUUAGGGAAUCAAAUAACUGCAACGCGAUUGGAACAAGGGCAAAAUGUUUUCAUAAUCAAAACAACAACUGAUAUAGCUACAACUCAAGGAAUAUUAAAAUCUAAUACCUCGAAUGCACAUGUUAAUGAAAAUAUUGUGAGCAUUGUAGAUAAUAUAGGUGCUAAGACAGAAUGUAAGAACGAAGGACAACAAGUACAGUGGAUAAAAAUGCAAAACGCUAAUUCUACUACAUCAACAAAGCAAAGUACGUUGUUACAAGAGAAAAAUCAGACUGCCAUUUCAACUAGAAGUAAUAUACAAAAUAAUAUUACAUCACCGUCAUCUAUUAAUGUAAAUUCUGGAUCAUUUAAUUCUGGACAAGCAGAAAAAAAACUAUCUAAACCUUGUCAAAAUAAAACUCGACCACUGACAAACAGUGUGAAAGUAGGUGUUACAUCUCAGACUCCAGAUGAAGUCAAUGUAAUAACUACAAUGGAAAAUCGAGUUCAAAAUUCUAAUAUAGCACGCUCCAAAUCUGGUAUGUCCGUUUGCAGUAAAGUUAUCGGUUCGCAGGAACAGAACAUAACUAUCAAGCCAAUUAGUACUUCUUCGCAUGUACGGCCUGUUGCCAUAGUUCCUCCUGAAAUCUGUAAAACGCCGGAAAUUUCUAAAGCGCCGGUAAGAUCUUCGGACAUAAAGUAUUUGACUGAGCAAAUCAAGUACGCUAAACUUAAACAACUACAAAAACAGCAUAUUGAGAAACAAAGGUUUCAACAAAAUAACGCACAACGACAACUUCCUAACGCUUCACAACAAUCUGUUCAAUCCUCACUGAGUAAUACAACACGUCGCUCGGUAACCUCAAAUUCUGUGCAACAAAGAGUGCAACAGCGAGUUUCGAUAUCUCCACAAAAACAACAAAAGUCAUCUGCAGUAACGUCGCGUCUUUCCUCAACUGAACAUAAUACGCACGUUACUAGUACUAGUACGGAAGUCAAUCCUGCGGAAUGCGCGCAAGAAAAAGGAAAUAGGACACAACAAUCUCCAUCACGAUUAGAACAAAACAGUCCAAAUGAGAGCAUUGUUUAUUUCCAAAAAGUUAUUCAUGAUCCAGCAAAUACCAAAGUUAAACAUCAAGUUAAAGGAAAUACAGCGAAAAUGUUAGUAAUAACUAUGAGAGAACAGAGAUUAAUUGGGUUUGAUAUACCAAAUGAGGACUGUACUGUGCAAGACCUGUUAGAUCAGGUACGUGCAGUCUUGGGUGAGGUAAGCAUUUCACUCAGCAGUAAAACAGUAGUCUCUUUGGUAAACGAUUCUUCGCUAAAUAUAAACUACAUAGUGGAUGUCGGCACUGGAACACUUUCGGGAUCUUUUGAUAAUAGUGAUCAUGGCGAUUGUAAUUCUCAGGAAAAUAUAAGCUCCACAGAUAAUUUAUCUCAAAAUACCAAUGCCUCAGACGAAAACAGUAAUACUUCUCUAUCAACUUCUGAGGAACCUAUUUUGGUCAAGGGAAUGCUUGCUCUGUGUUCUCACUGCGGCUACAGUUCACUCUACUUCAACCGAUGUGAACGAUGUAAUACAAAAUUUUCUGAAGAUGUGAAGUCGAUACCCAUAAGAGAAAGGAAGGAGACCGGGAUGUCAGUCGAUAUGUUUUAUAAGAAGAACAACGAACGAAACGCUGCAAAAUUGGAGAAAAUAGAACGAGAUGGUCCUACAUGCAAGCGGCCGAAAGGAAAGGGUAGAGCUUCAAAACCAAAGCCUAUUCAUAAAGAGCCAGAAUGUCUGACAAUAUCGUCCGAUGAAGAAGAAGAGGGCAGGACUAAAAAAGUAGCAUGCCUCAAUAAUAGUGUAGCUCCAGGCAAUGCAAGUAACGCUUUACCAGAAGAUAUGGACACCAUUUUAGAUAAAGAACCAGUAAUUACAAACACUUCUGUUUUUAGUUCAUAUAGCGAUUUUUUGGCGAAUAUCGAAGAAAGUAGUAAAGGAAUAUGUGAUAAUCAGAGCUUUUUAGAUAAUGAACAAUUACAACUAACACAGAUUGCUAUAGAAUGUCGAACAGUCAGGAUAGGAUCUUAUAAAUAUUAUCCUCGAGAAAAAGUAGUGAUUACUUAUAAUGGUGUAAGAUUUAGCGUACCUUUGUUAGAAGAUGUUACAAGUUUUGUUACUUUGGAUGUCAAAUAUCAAGAUAUAGUUAAGUUAUUAAUUCAUUAUGGGAAAGGAAUGCCAGUGCUAUUCUUUUAUACAUCUACAAAAACAGGAGCCAUGAUACGUGAAUUAUUAGGAAUGCAAGAUCCAAAAGGACCGUAUUACGAUCCUGCCGGAAAAGAUCAAACACAUAAACGUAUUACGUUAUUACCAGAAAAGUUACCAGAUGAUUCAAGAGCAACAUUAAAAUUAUUAUUUGCCCGAGGAGGUAAAAUAGAAGAAUUGAAUCCUAAAGAGGCAAACGAUAUACUUAUACGGGCAUCGCCGAGGGAUAAUCAGCAGUCGCAAGAUGUUGUAAAAAAACAGGUUCAAGGAUCAGUCAUACCAAAUUCGGUCGGUGUCACUGAAUGCAUACAAACAAUAACUGUAUAUCCACCACCUCCUGCAAAAGGAGGAAUAGCCAUCAACACUGAAGAUUAUUUAUGUCUCGCCGAAGACCAAUUUUUAAACGACGUGAUUAUAGACUUUUAUUUAAAGUAUUUAACCUUAGAGGUAUUAUCGGAGUCUGAUCAACAAAGAACUCAUGUGUUCAGUUCGUACUUUUACAAACGUUUGACCAGUCCGCAUGCCCAAGCUGCCGAAAGUAAUGUGCCAAUGACACCUGCCGCCAAACGACACGCCAGAGUGCAGAAGUGGACGAAAAAUGUCAAUAUAUUUGAGAAAGAUUUUAUUAUUAUUCCUAUUAACGAACAUGCGCAUUGGUUCUUGGCUAUUAUCUGUUUUCCUGGAUUGGUUGGGAAAAUUUCGACGUGUGUUACCAAAACUAAUGAAAAUGACGUUAAUAAAGCAGCACAAAAGAGUAAGAAGUUAAAAGAACUGAAAGCAAAAGCUGUCACAAUUGGCUCUACAACAAUCACUCCUGUACCUACGACUAUAACGAUAGAUCAGCUGGAUGAUGGAUCUGAAAGGGACGAAGCUGAAGGCGACGAUGAAGAAAUGGAAAUGUAUAGUGAAGAGGAGGAAGAAGAGGAUGAUCAAUCAGAAGAAAAGAAAAAUCAAGUUGAAGUUCAAGUUAAAGUUGAACCGCAAAAAGAAACUGUUAAAAUGCCCUGCAUAUUGAUAUUUGAUUCGCUGGCUGGCGCAAGUAGAGCACGAGUAGUUGCUACGUUGAGAGAUUAUUUAAGCUGUGAACAUCUUGCCAAACUUGGCGUAGAAAAGACAUUUUCGAAAGAUACUAUCAAAGGCGCGUGUCCUAAAGUACCGCAACAAUCAAAUUUUACGGACUGUGGAUUGUACGUGUUGCAGUAUGUGGAAAGUUUUUUCCAGGAUCCAAUUAUAGAUUAUACUUUGCCAAUUAAAACACUAAAAACGUGGUUUGAGGAGAUUAUUGUGACGAGGAAAAGGGAGGAAUUAUCGCAGUUAUUAAUUAAAUUGAUGAACAGCACUAAAGGUGAUAAAACUAUUAAUUUGCCUACUGUGAAUUUUCCUACGCAAGAUGGCAAAUUGAAACCGAAGAGCGAAAAUAAUACAGACGUAAAGACUGCGAAACCGGAGGCGGAGAUCAAGAGAAAAGCAUCUGCAAGUUUAGAAACAGAAACACGUAUUGUUUCAAUUGUAACAGAAAAUACCGAACAAAAUAAUGAGUUUGGUAAUAGAACUUAUCAGUUCAUUCCUCUUUCUACCAGCUCUAACUCGACUGAAAAUAAUUCAACGGAAAUGUUAGCUGAACAAAAACCAACGAGAUCGUCGAGUGAAACGAUGUCUUACCUAAAAGCUAAACGAAUUCCUAGGCUAAUGUCACGGACGCAGAAUCAAGAUGACUCUCAGAGUGCUAAGAGGCACAAAGGAGAGUCCGUCGAUUCCUGUAAAUAAAUGUUUCUUUUUUUACAGUAAUAAUUAAUGUUUAUCUGCAUUCGCAUAAAUACACGAAAUCAUUUAUCUAUAUAAUGAAAUAUGUAGUUAAUUCUUCAUAAGAUGAAUAAAACUACAGAUUUGAUUCCUGAU